AUGUCUGUGGAGCGCACAUUGACACCUGAGCAGGAGGCACUUACCUGGCAGAGAUUCCGCACAGCAUUCUACUCCAAGUAUUUUUCCGCCAUGAGUGAGCUAGAGCGGAAAUUUCUCAAUCUGAAUCAAGAAACUAUGACUGUGGAUAAGUAUGAGGCCGAGUUUGACAGGCUAUCUCGGUUUGCUCCCACCCUCGUCAUGGAUGCAGAGUCCCGAAUGUGGAGAUUUGAAGAAGGAUUGAAGCCUCACUUACGUCGAGGUUUGGCCGCAGUGCACUCAGCAAACUAUGAUGACUUGGUAGAUAGGGCCAAGAAUAUGAAAAUUGUCUGGAAGGAAACACAAGAGUCAAAAGAUAGAAUACAAAAGAAGAGGAGCAGAGAUGAUGAUACUCAUAGUGGACAGAAUUCUAGCAAUACUGCAAAAUCUCAUAACCAAUCUUGCCAAUCAGGGAAGCAAGGAUCUUAUGGAAAGACUACUCAACAAGAGAAGCCUAAAUGCGGUCAGCGGGGUCAUAAGGUAGUUGAGUAUCCUCAACAGGACCUUCGAUCAGUUCAAAGGCCUCAAACUACAAGAACCCAGCAAGUGCAAGCUUCUCCUGCUCCAGCUCAGUCAGCUCAGCCUUCUUCUCCUAAGCAGCAGAAAGGAGGGAGACCACGCACACCAGGUUGUAUUUAUGUACUGACUCAGCAGGAUGCUCAGGCAUCCAACACUGUGAUGUCAGGUACAUUGCUAGUUGCUUCUGUUUAUGCUCAUACACUAUAUGAUUCUGGUGCUACGCGUUUCUUUGUGUCAUCUACAUUUAUGCGAAAACAUGACCUGCUUUGUGUGCCAUUAGAGUAUGAUUUGCAUGUUAGCACCCCCGCCGGGAAUGGGAUGAUCGGUAAUCAGGUCUGCAAAACUUGUCCAGCGCAGAUGGUAGGUAGAGACUUGCCUACUGAUUUGAUAGUUACAGAUAUGCAUGACUUUGGCAUAAUUCUCGUUAUGGACUAG